GAAAAUUUGGCGCGGAAAAGCGAAGGAAAGAUCGAUUGUGUGUGUGUUAUCAUGGCCGUACAGGCAGCUCCUCCACAACAGCAGCAGCUACAGCAAGUCGAAGAAGGCGAACAUGUUGGGCCUCAACCAGUCUCCAAACUAGAGAGCCAUGGAAUCAGCGCCAACGACGUCAAGAAGCUGAGCGAGGCCGGCUACCACACCGUAGAGUCAAUUUCCUACGCACCAAAGAAAGCUCUGGUCCUGAUAAAGGGGAUCAGCGAGGCAAAGGUGGACAAGAUCCAGAGCGAGGCUGCCAAACUGGUACCAAUGGGGUUCACCACGGCCACAGAGUUCCACCAGAGACGGUCGGAAAUCAUCCAGCUCACCACCGGCUCCAAGGAAUUUGAUAAACUUCUGGGAGGUGGUGUGGAGACAGGCUCUAUUACAGAGGUGUUUGGAGAGUUUCGAACCGGCAAGACUCAGCUCUGCCACACCCUUGCCGUCACCUGUCAGUUGCCGAUCGACAUGGGAGGAGGAGAGGGUAAGUGUCUGUACAUUGACUCCGAGGGAACCUUUCGUCCAGAGAGACUCCUCGCUGUGGCAGAGAGGUUUGGUCUGUCGGGUUCAGACGUCCUGGACAACGUGGCCUACGCCCGUGCCUACAACACAGACCACCAGUCACAGCUCCUCCUGCAAGCUGCCGCCAUGAUGUCUGAAUCAAGAUAUGCUCUCCUGAUAGUGGACAGUGCGACUGCCCUCUAUCGGACAGACUACUCUGGCAGAGGAGAGCUGAGUGCCCGUCAGAUGCACCUGGGCAGGUUCCUCAGGACACUUCUCAGACUUGCCGAUGAGGUCUGCAUUACACUGUAUAUAAUAUGAAUUUUCACUCAUUGUAGAACUGAUAGUGAGAAGCAAUUGAGAAUAAAUUUUACAGUUCAGUAAAACUUUUUCUUGUACAUCUUUUCUUUGGUUCAGUUUGGUGUGGCGGUGAUGAUCAGUAACCAGGUGGUAGCUCAGGUGGACGGAGCCUCCAUGUUUGCUACUGACCCAAAGAAACCAAUCGGAGGAAAUAUCAUUGCACAUGCAUCCACAACCAGAUUAUACCUGAGAAAAGGUCGUGGGGAGACGAGAAUAUGCAAGAUCUAUGACUCUCCGUGUCUGCCCGAGGCUGAGGCCAUGUUUGCAAUCAAUCCAGACGGCAUAGGAGACGCAAAGGACUAGCAACAAACUCAAAAACACUCUGUCACUUUGUGCGUUCGUGUCCCAUCGUUUGUACAAUUCACUUGUGCAUCUUGUGUGAGUGGUGUUUUUGCAGUCAGUUACUCAGCAUUUCUCAAUAGCAUUACUCAAAUAACCCAGUGUAUGAUGGCAUUGGUCUGACACAAUGUAUUUAUGAUCUGUGAUUGGUUCUGUAUGCUUAAAAUUUCUGCAAUCAAAUUAAACCUGCUAUAUUUGAGCGGCAACCAAACAUAUGUUGGUGUUAGGGUGUGCAGUUAGUAUGUCUAGAAGAAUACUUCUUCAUUCGCAUCUUGAACUGCAUCGCCUUUGCUGCCACGAGAUCGUAUAGAGCUCCGCCUGCAAGUCCCCCACACACUGGGCCCACGAUAUACACCCAGAAUCCUUU